AGCCUGGCGUCUCCCGCCAGUAGCGCGAGAGGGCGGUGCCUGGGCCGCCUGAAUGAGGAGCCCGGGACGCCGGACGCCCGGGGCGAGUAUCGCAUUUGCGCCAUGGCCGCGGGCAAGGCCGCGGGAGCCCUUGGCCUGUUCUGCUUGGUGCUCCUGCUCGAUUUCAUCAGCUGCCAGAGCUUACCGCGUUUUGGACGUAUAGGUGAGGACAUCACUUUGUCGCCAUCAAGCACUGUAAACUUUACAGAAAUCAUAUGGAAAAAAGGAAUGAAUAAGGUCAUAGAAUGGAAUGGAAACACUGGGGUCAUACGUUACCCACUUUUUAAAGAGAGGGUUCAUUUAGACAUUGAGUCAGGUGACCUCGUCAUCUUCAAUUUAACAUCAUUGGAUGAAGAUGAAUAUGAAAUCGAAUCCGUGGAUCUUACAAAUGGCCUGAAAUUUAAUCUUUUAGUCCUCGACCCUCUUCCAUCCCCGACACUACAUUGUAACUGGACGAAUGAAAGCCUUUCCGUCCACUGUGAGAUGCCUCAGAGUUACAGCCGGCAUCGGGAGCAGUUACGCUAUGCAUGGCGUUGCUCUUCCCAGCAGUGUGAGAGGAGCUCACAACUCGCAGCCCUUGUUCCCUACCCGCUACCUGUGCUAAAUUUUACGAAGGAUGACGACCUCUCACAGGAAGUACAAUGUUUUGUUGAAAAUCCAGAAUCCAACAGGAUAUCAUCGAUGCUUUUGUCAACCUGCGUCCCAGCUGAUAAUUCAAGGCGUAGAUACGCACUCAUAGCUUCAUCAUUCGUGGGACUAGUCUUUAUAAUAGGUUUUCUGUACUGUGCCAGACGGACAGAAAGAACCACCGCCAGAUGACGAAAUCAAAUCCUGUCAUAACUCAACACAACUUGGAAGCCACCUGAUUGCCUCUGCCGUAUCAGUGUUUUGGUGUUUGUUUGUUUGUUUGUUUGUUUUUAAGAAAAAACAAACGAAAGCGAUCACCCAAUUCUGUGAAUCGGGCUGCGGGUGGUGGGGAGCCGGGGGCCGCGGGUACGGCUCUCAGGAGGGACAUCUUAGUGUCCCUCGUGGCACACUGUAAAUAAGUGUAAGUAUGUACAGAAACAGCGAGGCGGCCUGGCUCUUUUUCUCCUAAGUUAAAAAAAAAUAAAGUGGCCGCGCACCGCAGGA